AUGGAUUAUGACGCUGGUGAACACAUCCAAUUCGAAGACGAGCGGGCUGACAAUCGGGAAGGACCACGAGCUCGAAGCUCAGAAGAUGAUACCCCGUACAUGAUCAAGAUCAGCCUCAAGGCUGAGCGGUAUCUGGUCGAUGACAUCGAGGAAAACGACCGGCUCUGCCGCCGGCAUGCCGGGUUUGAAAAGGACUUGAUAAAGCUGGUUCAUCAGAUUGGCCACGGGCCAAAACAACGUUUCAGUAUCAGACACGUACAAGGUGAAGAGUUGGUAUAUCGUGGAGGCGGCAUAUGGUGUACAUUAAUGGACCGCGUCCCUGGAGAUGAUGUUGACAUGAUCCGGCAUAAACUCACAACAUAG